UCGUGGUACGAAUUUGUUGUUGUUGUGUGCGAACGCUAGUGUACAACAACAGCAGCAGAGAGUUAGUUCUAAGCGCGGGAGAGGCGGCACCGAUCCGUUGCUAACAACUGUUUGAAGCAUCAAAUUGUAACCGUUGCAUUAAACCCAGGGGACAUUUCAUAACUGUGACUCUAGGAAUUUCAAAAACCAAUUAUAAAGAAAAGAUUCCAAAAGAUCUCUCUCCUUUGGAACUCAUCCGUUAUGUGUUGCGGAUACUCAGUGAAGAGGUGGUACGCGCACCACUGGACCACCUUGAUGCCAAGGAGUUGCUUCAGGGACAACCUGAAACAGUUCAGGUAUACUUUUUGUUUCAGCUCUUGCACGUACAAACCGCGGUGAGCAUAUAUUGUACGCGAAACAGCCGAUAUUGCCUUAAUUGUGUGCUCUUAACUGCUAUAUAUAUAUAUAUAUAUAUGAAAGCUGAAUAAAAAUUGGCAUUCAUGUAAUGCGUGGGUACUCGAGUAGUAGUAUUGUGAUUUUAAGGCCUUCUGCUCUUUCUACUAUGUAAGCAAGUCUUCGGAUUCACUUUUUCGAUGUAGCAUCAAAGACUUAAUCCUGAUCCUGCUAGGAAGUCCAGCUAGAGUGAGUCUUACUGGGCUUAUCUAGAAUUUUUUCAUCAGAUCCAUAAGGCAGCAUGACAACCCUAAAAUUUAAGCUAUGCCCGCAUGUCCACGGUUGGCUUAGGGAUAUAUGUAUUAGCCGCCCUAACCACAUCAUUCGAAAGCAAUUUGUAAAGUGUUUAAAAAUGGCCUUUUAGGAUCUGUUGGAGAUAUUAGCAGCUUGCGUUCACCUUCGUGAUAAUGAGACUAGUACCAUCGUAUCUACUAUGUCGAGCAAUUCAAUGGCUAGUAGUGGGAACAGAACCCCCGAAACAUCAGGCGAAAGUUUAGUAGGAUCGAUUCACAGUUUUUCAUCAUCCUCUACUUCAACAUCGUCAUCAGCAGAUUCUUCAUUGAACCGAGGUGGAAAGCGCAAAAAUGGUCUUCUUACUUCUUCGAUCAGCUGUAGUAGCUGCGAUUCGAUUUCCUCCGAUGUGUCUUCUUUUGCCUCAAGUCUUUCGGAGCCAACGCAAGAAGUACAACUUCCGUGUCGGCUGUGUCAAUAUUUGGCUCGAUUUUCAUUUGAGCCGGAACUGAUCGAACCCACCGCGCCUAUUGGUGGCGCUCAGAGUGACUCGGCGCCAACUACGACUGUGCCUGACAAUAAAUCAGCAGCGGCUUCUACGAGACAAUCACCGUCAAAGAAGAUCGUUUCAUUAACUGGUCCUAGUUGUCCCGCUGUGUCUGCUAAGAAUUUACAAGUGUCAAAUCCCAUUGUGAAAGCUAAAACAAGCACGGCCCAAGUCAGUCGACCUUCAAAGAUUCUUCGUUCAAACUAUCAGAGCAUUACAAAACAUGGUGUAAAAGCAGCUACUGCUGAUGGCCGACAUGAAAUGAGGCAAAUAGCUCAGGCUGCCAAGCGCAAAUUUGAUGAAGAGAAAAAGGUGCUAACUACAACAGCUAAACCUUACAACAAGACCGUGAAAGUUUUUAAGAAAAACGUUAUUAUACCUAAUAGGCAAACAACUCUACGACCCGUACCAAUGGUUCCGCCUGAUCCAGCCUACUCAUUUAGUACUUUUAGCGCUCCAACAGGUUGCAUUGACAAUAACGAUGUAGACAAUGAAGAGUCUGCUGUCGCCGAAUCUUCGGAAAUUUCGCCUCACUUGGAACGAGUACUUCGCAAACAGUGCAGCCAGCAUCUGCAAUGGAUGGUGUCGCAUGGGACAAGUGAAGCGGGGCUCAAAAAGCUAGAAAGGGAAUAUGAGGAUCUGUUGAAAAGGCACACCACUCGCGUCAAACAGAUUCGUAAGGAGCUCUGUGAACAAGCUCGACUAUCUGCUCUUAGUACGCAGAAAGGAGUGGCUGCGAGCGUGCGGAAUAUACGAAAAUUUGCACGUACUCAGGAACAGCAAUUAGCACAUGCUCAGUUAGAAAUAGAACGUGUAGAACGCUCAAAGGAGGCUCGCCGAAGGUUGGCAGAAGAACGUCUAUUACGCGAGACCUUCACUGAAGCAAUGCGGUUGCAAAAAAGCCAAUUGCUCGAUUUGAACCGAGAGUUAGCAGAACAACGGGGACGAGAAAGGGACAGACAUGAAAUUUAUAUGCAGGGAAUGGAGCACUUCUAUAGAACCCAGUUGAAUAUGUUACAAGAUGCUUUAGAACGAGAAGCGCGUAAUGGCCGUAUGCGUACUGGGGCUCAAAUAGCGUUGCUGAGAGAUAUCCGAAAAGAACUGCAGUUGAAACUUGAUGAAGAAAUGAAGAACCUCAGGGAGAUCGCUAGUAUGGAUUUUGAUCAACCCUUCAGUAGCUAGUCUUGUGUAAUAUGAUUUUCGUAUAUAGUCGAAACGCCAAGAUGCUAAUGGAAACAGCCGUUUUUGCUAAUUUUUGGUCCAUCAAUCAUUACGUAAUAAAUUCUAUCCUAAUACAUACACGUGCCUCGACCCUAAUACGUACACAUACCUUGAAAUGGUAAAAGGCAUUAAAUGAUGUGUUUACUCAUAGUUCGGCUUGUAGAUAGUCAUUUUCGACAAGCUAAUCGAGGGCGUGACAUUUGUAUUUAAACUAAAAACGUAUGCAUAUACAUGUAAAAUGUUAGAUUUCAAUUGUUGCUGUUUUUAUAUAAAUAUACGAUCGUAUAGAUACCCGAUAUGAUAUCAGACCUCGGUAGUUCUUAAAUGUACAUUUGCAUCCAGGUCAGAAAGAUAAAAUGCUAAACCCUUUAACAGUACUUUCUUUUAGCUAGGUUCGCUGAUAAUAGUCGUAUCUGAUUUUUAAGGGACACUACGCGUAGUUGAUCUUCGUGAAAAGUAAGCAAGCGCAUAUUGUUCAAUAGUCCAACGCAC